AAUUAAAACAGCAUUUGUCUGCUGUUAACACUUGUUCUUGCAUGUAUCGCAGAUCAUCCUGCACAUAAUUGGGCCCAAUGAAUCUAUACUGAUAUCGACACAUAUUUACGUGGAUCUCAUUUUUUUUCCGUCACAUUUCCUUCAAUUCUGUUCUGAUUCUGUCACUCACUUGCACAUGAGGGACUAUUUACAGUGGCCACUUAACCUACCAACCCGCAUGUGAAGAGAAACGGGAAAAUCAUGUCACAGGGAAAACAUCCAAACUCCAUACAGACAGCACAAGUUAACACAGCUGUGAGUGAAGAUCCAUUACACAAAUCUGUAGUUUCUACGAACAAGCUAAAGCUGAGGCACGCAUCUAUGUAUUCUGAUCCUGAGAGCCAGGGCACGUACACCAGUGUCAUUCCUCCCCCUCCCAGCCGAAUACAAGUGAAAAAAGUCUCCACCAGUGUGCCCCAUGAUGUGAUAGCACAGCGAGUGCCAGCAACAGAACAACAGGAUUCUACGUCCCCAGUUGUGUCGCCUCAUCAUUCGCCACUAUCUUCACCAGUUGCCUGGAGGAAACACAGCAAGCAGCAUCCAAGUGGAGGGUCGGCUGCUGGUGAUGGCAUGUGGCCUGCCCACUCCCCACCUCCCAAUCAAGAGAACUGGGUGAGUUUCACUGAUACUCCUCCGAGCAGCACACUUCCAACAAUGCAUCCCGCUUCCGUUCAGGAACACACAACAGUAAGGACAGUGGCAUCUGCUACAAAUGCCAUGGAAAUUCGCAGGCAAUCUAGUGGCUAUGAUGAUCCUUGGAAGAUUACAGAUGAGCAAAGACAGUAUUACAUCAACCAAUUCAAAAAUAUUCAACCAGAUUUGAAUGGUUUUAUUCCAGGAUCUGCAGCUAAAGAAUUCUUCACGAAAUCCAAAUUACCAAUUCUGGAGCUUUCUCACAUUUGGGAACUAUCAGACUUUGACAAAGACGGCGCAUUGACACUGGAUGAGUUUUGUGCGGCAUUCCAUCUUGUAGUAGCCAGAAAAAAUGGUUAUGAUUUGCCAGAAAAGUUACCUGAAAGUUUGAUGCCAAAGCUGAUCGAUCUUGAUGAUUCGGGAGAAGUUGCUGACCAAGUUUCUGAAACUGGCUUCUCAAGCUCUCCUCCAGAAGUACCCCCGAGCAAAUCACCAUCAAUGCCCUCACUAAACCAGACGUGGCCAGAACUGAACCAGGGCAGUGAGUGGGAGACUUUUAGUGAACGUUCUUCCAGCUCGCAAACUCUGACCCAGUUUGAUUCUAACAUUGCACCAGCUGAUCCUGACACGGCUAUCGUUCACCCUGUGCCAAUCCGCAUGACUCCAAGUAAAAUUCACAUGCAAGAGAUGGAGCUGAAAAGAAUUGGAAGUGAACUAACACACCCAACUAGUCCUUUGCUUACAAACUCGCCGGAACUUUCAGAAGAGACCAAGCUCGCUACCACUGUGAAAUUUGUUGCAGGAAACACUGUAGAUGGCUACAGCAGUUCAGAUUCAUUUGUUUCUGAUUCUGAGCAGAUUGGAAACAGCAUAACCCGGCAACGUUCGCAUUCGGGCACUUCUCCAGACAACACGCUCAAAACUGCACCUCCUCCACCUCCACCUCGACCACAGCCAUCACAUUCAAGGUCGUCUUCACUAGAUAUGAACAGAACCUUUUCUGCAAGCAACGCAGGGCAACCACAGGCUGGAGCUGUUGCCUGUCCCCCUGCUGUGCCUCCAAGACCACAGCCAACACAGGUGACUGCGCCUCCAUUACAUCGGCCAGUGGACGUUGAUGGUCACGUGACGCACGGCAACACCUCGCCACACCAGAUGCCAGAACAGCCAAACUUUGCUGAUUUUCGCCAGUUUGAAGCAUUUGUAUCGAAGGCCACAGAGCAGCAAGUAGAUGACUCAGAUAGGCAUUCUGAAACUAUUCCGCCAGAGAAGCCUUCGGAUUCAACAGUGACGUUGAGAACGGCAAAGCUAGCUGGUUCUAGUGAUGAAAAGCCAACUGGAAACACAGUAAAAAGUACAACGUGUCUUGUUCCUCCUCCAAAACCCAUUCGGCGAAGACUGCAAUCUGAAGAAGAGCUUCGGGGCGAUGCAGAGGAGCCUACCCCAAAACCCAGCAUCAAUGCCGUAUUAGUCUCGCACUCUUCGGUUUCAAGGUCAAUUGGAAAAGAUAAAAAGUCCAUUCAAGCUUCGAUCAGAAGAAAUAAAGAAACUAAUACAGUGCUAGCCAGACUCAACAGUGAAUUACAACAACAGCUGAAGGAUGUACUUGAGGAAAGGAUCUCGCUUGAGGUGCAGCUGGAGCAACUUCGGCCAUUUUCGCACUUGUAGGGCAGGAGCUUCCUGGCCAUGUGGGUGAAACUAAAGAUCGUGUUGGUGCAGAUGUGCCACUGGAUCCUGACUACUCCCUGCAGGCAGCUUAACUGCUCAGCUUUAUGCGUCUAUUAUGCAGUGAUAGUUUCCAUGGUUAACUUCAUAGAACUGCUCACUUGUCAUGUGGUGCCAUUUGUUUAAAAAAAGGGAGAAAUAAAAUCAGGGAGCUAUGAAGCUGGUAAAUAUUCUGGUCAUGGAGGGGGGAGAGGGGGGGGGGGGGGGGGGGGGGGAGAGGAAUGGAAUAGAGGCAAUUACAAUAGUUUUGAUUAUACAGAACAGCAAAUAAUUUCAUCUUCUCCCUGAUUCCCUUCCCUUCAAAUCUGUCCUCAAUUUAGACAAGAGAAAUUACUUGCCAAUAAGACAGUUCUUCAAUAAGAUGAGCAGGCCAGAGUAGUUCCUGUUGAAUCCUCGAAUCAUUGUCAUUGAAGGAGGAUUGCUGCCAGUUUGCUUCAACAUUUGAAGCACUGUGUUCAGUAAGCCAAUGUCAAGUGUUUUAUAGUCUUGGGAAAUAUUUGGUAGAAUUGUGAGACAUGGAAUGGAAGAGCUCUGCUAAGAGUGGCCGUAUUUCCCGUAUCAGUGUUCAAAGGGGUGUCUCAAAAUGCUUCUCCCUACUCCUUAACUUGCAUAGCUUUCUGUUUGGGUGAGGCCUGUGUUUGUGCAGCUUGAGUAAAAAGGACUUCCUUGGCCCUUUUUGUGUUUGAAUAUUCAAAACUUUUUUGCAUUGCAUUACUGCAGCAGAAACACUAAGAAGAGUAUCCCUAAUCAAUUGGAACAAGCUUGGUGGUGUUGUGAGGCUUGGUUGAAGAUAUGUAAUGAAAUAUUUUGCACUACUGAAGUAUAAGUGUAUUCAUGUAUUGCUAGUUAUGGUUCAAAACCACUUUUUAAUUGGAGGGUGUAAAAGAUAAUAUAUGCUUGGAGUUGGGGUGAAAAUGUAGAGACCACCACUAAGAUUUUUUAAUAUAAAUUGAAGCCAUUGAAUUGUUAAGGACCACCCGCUGAAGCAAUCAGUUGGUUUGAGCAUGUCAAGAAGCUUGGGUGCUGGCUUUUUUAAUACUGAGUGCACUGGACUCGCUAAUAAAGUUGCUCUGUGGCCAUAUCCCAGUAGUUCUGUUGUAAACAUUCACAGGGAAAAUUAUUGUAGCAUAAACCACAAACGGGGUUGGAUUUGGGAGGGAUGCUAGGUGCAGUUGUAUGCAUAUAGCAUCUUGGGUUUGAGUAAAAUAUUACACAGAGCUAAAUCUGUGCGCCAUUUGUUGGAUAGUGAAUUAAGCAGGUGAAUCUAUACUCUUUCCCCAGCCUCUGCACUCACUGGAAGUGACAGUGUGUGAAGGUUUUGUAGUUAAGGGGGUUUGUGGGGAUACAUUAUGACUUACGAAAGACAACUUAAGUGUGUGUGUGUGUGUGUGUGUGUAUGUUAUUAAUCUGCAGUUGUGCGAUUACUCAACGCCACCUCUGUCUGCAUGCUGUUGAGCAACCUCUGCUCAUUACCUUUUCAUUUCACCCACAUCACAUUCUGAGUACUGAUAGAUGCUGUCCACCUCCCUGACACAGCUAAAGAUAAUCCUCUUCACAUUUAAUACUCAAACUAAUUGAAGAUUGUACAAAACUAGAGAAUUUUUCUUUAAAUUAUUAUGCAAGGAACAACAUUUUAUAAUUGUUUGACUUCAUUGUUCAGUAUUCUAAGGGUUAGUGUGAUUUGCAGUUUCUUAUCUGUGUACUUUUUUAAAGAAAACAAGUUUCCGUUUGGGAAUAUUUUUGGUUUCUCUAACUUCAAGCCUUACCUUUACGGCUUUGUAGUUUAACAGAGAGGGAUGUUUGGACAGACCGGGAGAAGAGGGGGAGGCCUUUCAUUUUCACCCAAUGAGAGUCACCUUGCUAUUCAGGUCAAUGUACUGUAUAAGGAGUAUGAUGUAAAUUGUAUGAUACACAUUUUUGAUCUUGUAUGUAAAUUUACAUUAAAUUGCUGACUAACAGCAAAUCUAUUUAAUUGCUUAUUUUGGCUCUGGGAUCUUGGGUAUUCAACUGCAUGGAUGUAUCUUGGCAGAGCAAAGUAGCAACUGUGAUUUUUACACAAAUAAAACAGCACAAUAUUUUAUCUUGA